UAAACAUACCGAGAGUCCCUGCGCGAGGACAAGACCACGUCCUAGUUAUCCACGGCCGAGCUGUGAAACUUUUUUCCUGUUCUUCAAUAACUUUUGUGCUCCGUGAAAAACUUUAAAGAAACGGACAAUAAAAAAAAACUUUGGCGUUGGAGCAGCGACAGGACGGCGACUUUUUGUUCUGAAAGUCGCGCUCGUCAGAUUCAAGAGUGUCUCGAGACUUCGUGUUUUUUGAACGUGAGGACUUAUUUCGCAGAAUACACGAGGAUUACGUGUUUGCUGUUAGUUUAAACGCCGUCGAGCAAAAGAGGAGUUUCUCCAGCGGGGAGCAGAAAACGGCAUGUAGCUCAGGAUCAAGGCACGUUCAUCCUCCUCCUCCUCAUCGUCCUCCUCCUCCUCUCCGGACAUCUUUGGGAAUGGGCCAGCGCCUUGCCAGGGUGCAUCUUUCCACCCGGUGGCGUGGCUGGCGUCGUGCGAGAGUGAGGAGGGCAGCGGCCAGGUCAUAAAGCCUGCCCACUCCUCUCUCCGCUUGCUUGCUCCCAAGUGACUUUUGACCUUUGACUCAGCCGCGACCCCCAGCCAGCCAUGCCCUUCCGGCUGAAGCUGCGGCGCACACGGCGCUACAAUGUCCUGAGCAAGAACUACUUUGUGACACGGAUUCGCCUCCUGGACAGCAAUGUGAUUGAAUGCACUCUGUCGGUGGAGAGUACGGGACAGGAAUGUCUGGAGGCGGUGGCCCAAAGGCUGGAGCUACGGGAGACCAAUUACUUCGGACUAUGGUUCCAGGGAAAGACCCAGGCCCCGGCCCAUCGCUGGGUGGAGCUGGAGAAACCGCUCAAGAAGCAGCUUGACAAAUUUGGCAAUGAGCCGCUGCUCUUCUUUGGAGUCAUGUUCUACGUGCCUAAUGUUUCCCGGCUGGAGCAAGAAGUCACCAGGUAUCAGUACUACCUGCAGGUGAAGAAGGAGGUGUUGGAUGGACGUCUCCACUGCGCAAUAGAGCAGGGGAUCAGACUAGCUGGCCUAGCAGUACAAGCUGACUUUGGAGACUUCACUCAGUUCAUGUCUCAGGACUUCCUCAGGGAGUACGUGCUCUUCCCAGUGAACUGGCCCAAUGGAGACGAGGUGCUGGAGGAGUGGACCCAAAAGGUCGCUGAGGAGCACAAGAGUCACUGUCGAAUGCAGGCCGCUGAGGCAGAGCUGCUGUACAUCAAGGAGGUGGAGAAGCUGGACGGCUUUGGGCAGGAGAGCUUUCCUGCUAAGGACAACUACACCAACGAUAUUUUCAUCGGUGUGUCCUUCAUAGGGGUGUUUGUCAAACACAGAAAUGGCAGAUCCAUCAUGCUCCACAAGUGGAAGGACAUUGGCACCAUCGCGCACAACAAGUCAGCCAUCACAGUGGAGAUAACAAGCAGAGACGACACCAUCAUUUUUCACAUGGAGGAUAUGGAAAUGGCCAAGUACAUCGCUCGCCUUUUCACGGCCAGACACAAAUUCUACAAACAGAACAAAAUCUGUGCAGAGCCCACUCACUCACCUGCACCAAUCAGGAGGAGACCCACCUGGACCCACCGCCGCUCUCUGCCGAGGCCCCAGUCCUGUAACUUCCAGUAUGGCGAGCAUUAUCAGGACACACAGAGCUCUCAAGACAGCAUCUUCCAUGACGAUCCCUACUACAAGUCGGAGACCAGUCUGGACCGCUGUCCCGCGGACUUUCCCUAUCGUAACGGUACCGUGCCCAAUGGAAGCAUGUACAGCAGCCCCAGCCUGAGCUCCCUCAAUCAUUCCCAGACUUUCGUCCCACCCUCCCCGAUGUCCUCAAACCUCAGCAUUCCCGGCAGCGAGCUCAUGCGCCCUGACUACAUCCCCAGCCACCGCCACAGCGCCAUCAUCGCUCCGUCCUACAGGCCCACGCCUGAGUACGAUGCUGUCAUGCGGCAGAAGCGGCGCAUGCUUCCUGCUCAUCAUGACCUCCACAGCCAAUCGUUGCGCAGUCUUAACAUCAGCAAUGCGUGUGCUUACCGCCAGCCUGAGGCUCUGGUGUAUAGCCAGCCAGAGAUGAGGGAGCGGGGCCCUUAUCAUGCCCUGGGGCCCAGCCCGGGACCUUAUGCACCACAGAUCAGCUACAGUAAACCGGUGUCCCAUGGCCCUCAUCAGGGAGGACCAGCCAGCAGCCAGGGCCCCUGUCACUCACCCUGCGUUAAUGGAGGUGGAGGCAGUGGCGGGAGUGGGGGCGUAGGAAGCUCCAUCUCUCACACUGUCAGUACACCGGAGCUCGCAAAUACCAAACAACAGGGGAACAAUGCGGGUAGCUAUGCAGCUACAGCCAACAUGCUGAGAAACCACAUGUCACGCCCGCCUCCACCUUACCCCUCCAGCUCCUUCCGCCCUGCCACCAGCACCCCUGACCUGGCCAGCCACCGUCACCGCUGCAUUGGGGGCAGCAGUCCUGAGCUGGUGACCCGCAUGGUGCAGCUGUCGGUCAAGACCUUCCAGCCAGACAGCUCAGCUGUGGUGCACCAGUCCCUGCAGGAGGUUAGUGAACCAUUAACUGCAGCUGCAAAGCACCGCUCCACUCUGGGCAAGAGACACAGUAUGGAGGUGAUCAGCAGCAUGAGAGGAGGUGGAGGAGGAGGGAUGGAGGGCAUGGUGAUGAAGGGCAUGAAUGCUCCCCUUCAUCGGAGGAAUACUCUCAGAGAACACGUGAUGCCCCCCCAGCCUCAGCCCAUCCCUCAGCCCCAGCCCCAAACCCCUCAGCCGCAACCCCAGCCUCCACCUCAGCCUCCACCUCAGCCUCCACCUCCACCUCAGCAGCCACAGGAGUUGCCCAUGCAGAUGCCUGUCCAGAAAGCUCCUGAGGCUCCUGUAGGGCCACCUGGACCAGUGGCCUACCAGCAUCAAAAGACUCUCUCCAAUGCUACCAUGCUUAUACACAGUAGUGAGAGUGAAGAAGAGGAGGAGGAGGAGGAAGAGGAGGAGGAGGAGGAGAGGCCGGAGCUGGAUGUUCAAAUCCCAGGACUCAAUGAGGACAUCAGCAUCAGCGCUCAGCUCCAGGCUGCUCUGGCCAAGCUGCCCAACAAACCCCCUCCAGAGUACCCUGGUCCCCCAAGACCUCCUAGCAGUGCUCAGAUCCGCACCCACAAUCAAAACCACACUCACCACCACAAUCAUAAUCAAGGACCUCAGAGCAACCAGGGACCAAUGGACCCAAACCAAACCCAGGGCCGAGCACACAAAUGUGGGCAGAGCCCAAGUAGUGCUGGGCCUGGAGGUGGUGGUGGUGGUAGUGGUGGGGGUGCAGGUGGUGGUGGGACACUGACGCGGGGAGACCAGGGUGGGGUGAAUGGGGCAGUUUUAGGUCCAUCCAUUUCAGAACCGGACCUGACCAGUGUGAAGGAGAGGGUGAGGAAGGAGCCGGUCAAAGAGAGGCCGGUGUCGGAGAUGUUCUCCUUAGAAGACAGCAUAGUGGAGAGGGAAAUCGCUCAGAGGACGCUGGAGAGACAGAAGAUGUCUGUAGACUCUGUGAAGAGGCCGCUGAUGAUGGCCGCCCUCAACGGACUCUAUGUGGCCCGCAUGCCUGUCCCCGAGAGUCCUGCGGAAGACGGUGCCAAGGCUGCUACAGACGAACGGUGUAAGACCUUGGAGCUGAAGCUGGAAGAGAAGCGGGUCUUCACUGAGUACGAGCAGGUGCCCAAAAAGAGGGCAGACUGUGUUCUCACCACAGCAACUCUGCCCGAAAACACAGAGCGCAACCGUUUCCGUGACGUUGUUCCAUAUGAAGAGAAUCGAGUCGAGCUUGUGCCAAACAAGGAGAACAACACGGGCUACAUCAAUGCCUCGCAUAUCAAGGUGAUGAUCAGAGGGGAGGAGUGGCACUACAUUGCCACCCAGGGCCCGCUAGCCAACACCUGUGCCGACUUCUGGCAGAUGGUCUGGGAGCAAGGGGUCAACGUCAUCGCCAUGGUUACUGCCGAGGAGGAGGGUGGCAGGUCCAAGAGUCACCGCUACUGGCCCAAACUGGGCUCCAAGCACAACUCGGCCACUCACGGCAAGUUCAAGGUGACCACCAAAUUCCGCACCGACUCAGGCUGCUACGCCACCACGGGGUUGAAGGUCAAACACCUUCUGUCUGGCCAGGAGAGGACGGUGUGGCACCUGCAGUACACUGACUGGCCUGAGCAGGGCUGUCCUGAAUAUGUCCAGGGAUUCCUCUCCUACCUGGAGGAGAUCCAGUCUGUGAGGAGACACACCAACUCCAUGCUGGACACGUCAAAGAGCCUCAAUCCGCCUGUGGUGGUUCACUGUAGUGCAGGCGUGGGUCGCACCGGAGUGGUCAUCCUCACUGAGCUCAUGAUCAGCUGCCUGGAGCACAAUGAGCCUGUGGAGGUUCCCACCAUGUUGUCAGGCUUGAGGCAGCAGAGGAUGCUGAUGGUGCAGACCAUUUCCCAGUAUAAGUUUGUCUACCAGGUCCUAAUCAAGUUCCUCAAGAACUCCCGUCUUAUCUGAUCUGGGGAUCCUGACCUUUGACCUAAUACAACGUAGCAGAAUGGCACCAGAUAACGACGACGGUACUUAAAAUUAGCACGAGGACUGUGCAUCAGAUACAGUGUGACUGAUAGCUGGUUGGAAGCAGGAACAGAGAUUUGUUUUCUAUGUGGCAGUUUAUGGUGGAUUUUCAAACAAACUCACCUCAAGGGAGAGAAGGUUUUGUGUAGGCCUGUAUAGAAACUGACAAACAAUUCUCCCAAUCAGUGUAUGUAGUUCAUUUUUCCCGAUUUUAAUUCUUGGACCUUCUGUUUGGAGAAUGCUUAUCGAGUGUUUUCCCUCUGCAGGUUUCUGCCUACGUGUCCUUUGUGGUCACGAGAACAAAUAUCUUGAGAAAUCUCACUUUUAGUUUGGAAAGAUUGCCUGCGGCAUUUCUCAUUCAUUAUCUAGCCAUGAUUAGAAAUGGCACUAUGCUGCAUGAACAGUAGGUGGCAGCAGUAUUAUUACUAUUUUCUUUACUCUGAAAGAGUUUGCCAAACAAAAGUAUUCUUUAAAUCACUGUGCUAAAAUAUUCCUUUUAUUUUUAACAGAGUAUUGAUUAAUACAGCAAAUAUUUACUUCAACAUUGUAACAAUGUUUUUUUUUAUUUAUUUCUAUCAAGAUUGUUUGAGCAUUGACAAGCGUGUUGAUCUUUUUAUUUUUCAUCUUUGAACUCGUCUUAAUUUUUUUACUAUAUUUUUCCAAAAGCCUUCCUUUGUCAAUGCCAAAAGGAUCACUCCCAUUUUCCUUGAUGCAUCUCCUUUAAGAUCCUCCUCCACAUGCAAACACACACGCACACACACAAAGUACAUUUUUAUAGUUACUUUUUUUUAAAAUUAGCAGUAGACAGACUGCUUCUUUUCACAGUUUCGGUUCCUUCAAACUGAUUCAUGUAAAUGGAUCAGACCCAAGAGUUUUAAUAGUUUUUGCAACAUGUGGUGUAAGUUUCUCCGUGACACUUCAUUAUAGUACACACACGUUUGACAGCUGGUGCUGCCCGCCCCACAAAACUCUCCAAUGCAUUUCCAGCCAUCGUGUAUAACUUUACAUUAAUAACGAUAAAAUAUUCAUUUGAAUGAAUGAGACUGACCUACAAUCUGAUGUUCUUUGAGUGAAUUAGACAUCCUAGUUACCUCUGCAGACCUAAGCUGCAUUCAUGUAGUGUUAGAAUAAUCUGAAAAAUGUGUUUCCGAUCAUAAAUCAUAGCUGUUUAAAGGCUCUGAGCAAUAACAUCUAACUCAUCUUCAUUGUGCCGUCUGUGUCGUUUCGACAUCACAACUUAAAGCUCAUGGACACACUGAAGUCGAAAGAACAACUGUUUGAGGAGCAUGUGAAUGUGUUGUUGGCUGACGGAAGUCGUUUCCUGAAUCAAGGACUUACGAACACAUACCGAAGACCAAAAAAAGUCGCUCUAAGAGAUUAAUUUCUUCUUUUUUGCUCAUCACUAUCUUCAACCACAGCUCCUUGCGAUCAAAUUUGUCUUAUAACAUUUCCUACUUAAAAGCAUUUCAAAAGUAAAACAAAAAAUUGUUAAAAUUUAAAAUCCAAUGAAUUGGAUUUAAUUUUUAAAAUGUAAUUCCACAGUUUUCAAUCCAUUGUGUCCGUAUACAGCAAAUACACUGUGUCAUUGUGCCUUAGUAAUCAGUAUUUAAUAGUUUGUUUUGUCAUUAAGAACAACUUUUUCAAAACAUUUACCUAACUCUCAGGUAAAAUUUGACAGUAGGAGAUUUAUUUUUGAGGGAUAAUAAUAUAACAGUAACCUGGCUGACUUUGCCAAAAAAACAAAAAAGGCAGCCGUUAGAACUAAUCUGAUCCAAACUCACGUGAUUCGAAGUCGCCAUGUUCCUGGAUCCUGUUUAUAAAAUUACACUCUGAAGAAUUUUCUUUUAUAUGUUAACGUUAAAUAUACUUUUUAUUUUUCGUGAUGCAAAGCCAGCCGUGUCCAAAGUAACUUUGUACAUAAUGGGCAUGUGAGAAAAGAUUUCUACAAUUGUUUUAUAUAGUUCCUUUUUUUGACUUGGUACCCUAAAAAUACCGCAAAUUAAUAAACUAUGCAUGCGUUUUUAUAUUUCAAUGUAUAUAUUCUCAAAUAAGUAUAAGCUUUAUGCUCUCUCGACAUAUAAGUGUUUUGUUGCACUUCUGUUGUCUCUGUGACAGUAUUUCCGUACACGGCAUUCCACUGUUUGUUUAUAUUUAAUUUUCCCCUAAUUUUUUUUUCCUUUUGGCAAAACUCCCAAAUACCUUUCAAAGUAUGUGUACAUAUGUUUUGUAUAUGCGUUUUCAGUGCAUCAAGUCUUUUGUUUUUCUCUCCCCAGACAUGUAUGAAGCUGUCGUACUUGCUUAUUAUGCAAUAAAGCCUUAUUUUCUUUAA